CCUCCAACCUCAGAAAAGCAAUCUGCUGCUGCCGUCCUACACACCAAGUCGCCAACGCAACACACACUCUCAUUUCACUAGCGCCAGUCCACUCUUCUUCUCCAUGGCCACGCUCGCCAAGCACCUCAUCCUAUGCUCUUCUUCCUCCUCCACCUUCUCAGCCUCCUCGUCGUCCCCCUCGCAACGCCGCCGCCGGCCCCUGCCGCCCGACGCAGCAGGCUCAGAGAAGCAAGCCCCGCAGUCGGCCACGCGCCGGCUGGCGGUCGCCGCGUCCACCGCGCUGGCCGCCACGGCCGCGCUGUCCGCGCGGCGACCUGCGGCGCCGCCCCCCGCGAUGGCAGCGGAGGCGGCCGCGGUGCCCACGGCGCCGACUCCGCCCGGGACCGUACCGCGGUGGGGCACGAGGUCGUACGUGAGGGAGCGGUUCUUCGAGCCGGGGCUGACCGCGGAGGAGGCGGCCGCGCGCAUCCGGCAGACCGCGGAGGGGAUGCGGACGCUGCGGCCCAUGCUGGAGACCAUGUCGUGGAAGUACGUGCUCUUCUACGUCCGGCUCAAGUCCAAGUACCUCGACCUCGACCUCACCACCGCAAUGGCCGGCGUCCCCGAUGCCCGACGCGCCGACUACGUCCGCGUCGCCAACGAGCUCGUCGACAACAUGACAGAGUUCGACCGGUUCGUGCGGGCUCCCAAGGUCUAUGAAUCGUACCUCUACUAUGAGAAGACGCUCAAGUCGCUGGAUGACGUGGCAGAGUUCCUAGCGUGAUGUACAUACCGUAUGAGUAGUUCUAGGAAUGUAUUGUCAUUUGGUUAUGACGAUUUAAAUUAAAAUUUAGGGAAAAAGUUAUUAUUAGCACUGCUAUACAUAUGUGUUGCUCUGAUACUUCAUCCAAUUUUUUACUAUUUUGUGCAAUACAUGAUCUUGAUACCGUGACUGUA